CAUUCAACAACCCUAGUCAAAUUGUUUUCGUUUCUCACCGAGCUUUAGGUUUUUCAGCCAUUACUCAAUUUCCAAUUCCAUCACACGUGCACAAUAAUCAGUUAAUCGCUUUGCAGCUAGGCAGGUCCGCAACUAUAACUCGGCACGAAAAACACAAAGGCUACUGACAAAAUUCGGAAUUACAUAAGAAACGACGAAUGGCUAAGCGAAAAUAAUACCAAUCGGAGAUUAACAACACGUAGUGAGAAUUUCGUCAGCCUUUUCUGGAAGCAGCUAGAGCGCCAAAUUAAACAAAAGUCAAAUAACUGGCAGAAAACGAGUGAAAAUAUGUGCUGGGCAACAACAAAGCAAAGGCAGAAAUGUUUAAACUGUAGCAGCAGCAGCGGCCAAAACGAAAGCAACAAAAACCAGAGGAGUACCAACAACAACUGUGCGCCUAGCAACAAGACAAAUUCGGCGACCGAUUUCCUUUGAUUUGCAAUCAGCAAA